GUAGGUGAAAUGAAACACCUGUAGCCUGCGGAGCAUUGAAGGAAGAACCGUUCCUCAUUUCAGGAGGAUUUUCAUUCACUGAGGAACUAAAUCCAGAACCAGGUCCAGACUGAGAAGAACCAGGUCCAGACUGAGAAGAACCAGGUCCGGACUGAGAAGAACCAGGUCCAGACUGAGAAGCUGCUUCACGGAUUAAAAGCAGACGCAGGGACUUUGUGAAGGAUGAGGUUUUAAAGCAGCAGCAGCAGCGGUGGAAACAAGAUUAAAGAUGCUGCAGGUUGAAUGACGGACAGACGAUGAAAUCACUGUCACAGACGUUCGCGGUGGUGGCCGCGCUUUGUUUCUCAUCAGCAGUGACGGCUGAAGGUCUGCAGCAGCAGGUGCGAGGAAAGGUCGGAGGUCAGGUGGAGCUGGAGUGCAGUUUCCCUCCGUCGUUGCCGCCUGACGUUUCCUCUGCAUCGCUGCACGUGGUGGAGUGGCUUCGACAGGGACUCGACAUUCCCGUCCUCAUCAGGUUUGGAUCGUACGCUCCGAGAGUUCAUCCUCAGUAUGAAGGCCGCGUGUCUCUGGUCCGCGUCGCCGCCAUGAGGCUGGAGGACGUGCGUCUGGAGGAUCAGGGUUUGUACGAGUGUCGGAUUCUGGUGUUGGACAGACCCACAGACGAGCGGAGGGACGGCACGUGGACUCUGCUCUCUGUGUCUGCUCCACCCACCUUCACUGAAGUCCCGCCUCCUGUGGUGGAGUCUCUUGUUGGAGCUCACCUCUCUCUCAACUGUGUUGCCAGUGGCAACCCUCCGCCCACCAUCACCUGGAUAAAAGACGGGAGUGUGAUUCAUCAGGAGGGGGCGCUAUUUCUGCGAGCGCUGUCCACACAAUCAGCAGGACAGUACACAUGCCACGCCUCCAACUCUGAGGGGAACGUCAGUCAUGUGACCAGAGUCAAGAUCAAAGGUCCGCCCGUUAUUGUCGUCCCCCCGAAAAGCACCUCCCUCAACAUGUCCCAGAAUGCACUUCUGCGCUGCCAGGCGGUGGCCGACCCCCCCAACAUGACGUACGUUUGGCAGAAAGGAGGAGAAAACGUCCAUCACAUCGACUCUUUGAAAACUCGAGUGAAGAUCAUGGUGGAUGGAACUCUGCUCAUCUCCGGCCUCGUCCCCGAGGAUUCUGGGAACUACACCUGCACGCCGAGCAACGGCCUGCUGACCCCGCCCACAGCCUCCGCCAACCUCACAGUGAUGCAUCCAGCGCAGGCUCUUCAAAUGCCCCAGGAGACGUACCUGCCCACAGGCAUGAGCGGCGUGGUCGCCUGCCGAGCUGCCGCUCAGCCUCCGCUUCUUGGCGUCGACUGGACAAAGGACGGAGAAGCACUCGACCUGCUUUCGUAUCCAGGAUGGAGCUGGACAUCAGACGGCUCUUUGUUCAUGGCCACGGUCAAUGACGACGCAGCAGGCGUUUACACCUGCACUCCAUACAACGGCUACGGCACCAUGGGUCCAUCUGCACCCACCACUGUCAUUCUACAGGAUCCACCAUCGUUGAGCGUGGCUCCACAGAGUCAGUACAGACAGGAAGCUGGACGGACGCUGCUCGUCCCCUGUCAGGGAAACGACGACGACCACGCCGUCGUCACGGUGACCUGGAGCAAAGUGGACGUGAGUCGUCGCGUGUCGUUCUCUGUGGAAUCUAACGGUUCUCUGCUGCUGCAGCCGCUCACUAAAGACCACCAGGGGGCGUGGCAGUGCAGCGUCACUAACCGCGUGGCCUCGGUGAAGACAAGCACACGCGUGUUUGUCCUGGGGACCAGUCCACACCCAGUGUCCUCUCUGUCUGUGUCUCCGGGGGUGAGACAGGCCAACGUGUCGUGGCAGCCGGGCUUUGAUGGUGGAGCAGCUCAGAGCUUCUCAGUGUGGGUGAAGAAGAUGUCGGUGAGUGAUGAUGAUGAUGAUGAUGGUGAGGGGAAGCAGAGCUGGUUCUCGGUUCCUGUGCCGUCGUCAGAGGGAAACCGAGUUCAGGUGACGGGGUUGUCUCCUGCCACAGAUUAUCAGUUCAGCGUUCUGUCUCACAACAAACUGGGAACUGGACCGUUCAGCGAGAUCCGGACCGCCCGGACUUUAGAUCCUCCUCUGAGGAGACGUCGACCGAGGCCUCCAGCUCUGCUGUCAGCUGAUGGAGACUGGGCCGGUCUUCUUCUCAGAUGGUCUCCUCCUGAGGAGCAGCGUCCUCCGCUCACAGGCUUCGUCCUCCAGUCUCGCUCUGAGGACGGCGGCUGGUUUGAUCUGGUGGAGAACAUCAGCGCCAACAGCAGUGAGGUUCUGGUUCAAGGUCUGCAGAAGGACCGCGCGUACGAGCUGCGACUGCUUUCUCGUAGCGGGGAGUUGCUGAGCGAGCCCGGUCCAUCAGUCAAUGUCUCCAGCGCUGGGACACAGGUCUCCGCCGGCUCGUCUCAGCAGCUGGACUUUGUCCCGGAGCCGCUGUUAGCCGGAGUUCUGGGCGGAGUCGGGUUCAUGUGCUUGGCUCUGGUGGUUCUGCUCGGUUCUGCCUGUGUCAUCAACCACAAGAGGAACCAGCGCCGCAGGAGGAGGAGGAGGAAGGAGGCGGAGGAGGAGGAGGCGGAGGAGUGUCCUGCGGUCAUCUACACACACGCUUCAUCAGUAAAGACCUCAGGCUCUGGGAGUCCAGACAGUGUGUUAAAGAAGAGUUUGCUUCCAGCCAACAACCUCUAUCCCACCACCUCCUCCACCUCCUCCACCUCCUCCACCUCCUCCUCACAGACAGACUGUUUCUCCUUCAGCGCUGACGACCAUCUUCAUCAUCAUCAUCACCAGAGGAAGCCUCUUCCGUCCAACUGCAGUAAAGGACGUCUCUCCAGAACAACGUCUUCUCCCGUUUCCUCUCAGAUUGAGAUGAUCUCCAGAGGCCCAGACGGACGCUUCUCACUUCCUCCGUACGCCGCCGCCACGCUGAGCGUUCGCGGCAGGAACGCUCAGGUCCGAUACGAUCGUCCCGCUCAGGUCCGCAGGUCCGCGUCGCUGCACUCUGCUGGCGAGGACAGGAAAGAACGUCCGUUUGUCCUCUCUGUGGAUCUCCCUCCCUGCAAACCAGUGGACGCUGAUUCCAGGAGUCAAAUGUACGACAGGACUCGGCAGCCGACGCUUCACAGCCGCUUCGUCUUUGAUCAGAAGGAAAAGGACGACGUGUUCCUCGACCUCGGCAGCGUCUGCUCAAACACCAGUUUGGCCACGAUCCCUGUUCACGAGCGAGUGAGAACUCCCACGUUUCCAGUUCUGCCGCAUAUCAAACACGGCUUGAGUCAGACGACGACCGCCAGCGCUCUGGUGCUGCAGAUGGAGCACGAGCGGGAGACGGGGAACCUGAGUCGCUGCCUGAAACUGGCUCAGGAGCGGGAGGAGCUGGAGAGGGAGCUGCACAGGUAUGCGCUGGAGCGAGGCCCGGACAGACUUUCACCUGUUGACGGUGAGUUUGUGUGGGAGUAUAAGAGCAGGACGCUGCCUCACAGAUGCACCCAGAGCAGCAAGAAGAGCAUCGGUCUGUCCUCCAACACCUCACCUUCAUCCUCCGUCCACUGGGACACACGUCCACUCGUCUCUCUUGUCCCUCGCGUGUCUUCACCAGCCAGUGCCUCGUGCUCUCAGUCUGGCAGCCGUCAUCCUCGUGUGGAAGAGGUCUACGGAUUAACUCUCCCACGUUUCUCCUCAAAACACCAGAGACGGGAAAGAGUUGGAUCUGCACUGAAUAAUAAUUCCGCUCCGUCCACAGUCCCAGAAGACUCCGACUCGUGCUCUCAGACUCUGAGACAGAACAGUCUGUUCAGUCGUGGCAGUUUUUCAAUGUCGUCUUUCCAUGAGAACACAUUCACUGACAGUGAAGCUUCAGACUCUCGGCUCCUCAGGUCCAGUGAUGCAGACGCGUGUGCUGAGAUGAGUGUGGACGAACCUGAGUUUGAGGAUUUGGUGACAAAGCCGAUGCUUCAUCACAGAAUCGCCUCUCACCUGCAGCACGGACGCUCGCUCACUCCCCGACGCCAGCGUCACCACAUGAGGCGGAGUCAAAGCCUUAACUGCCGCAAUCCUGCCUUUGUGGACUCCGUUAUCCAGGUCCCAGCUUCUCCACCACGUCCAGAACCAGAACUCUGGAGAACCGGGACUACAAGCUCUAGGUUCUUGGACUCUAGGCAGAGAAGUCGGAGCCUGGACUCGAGGAGGCGGAAGGCAGAGAACGACUUUCCGACUCCUGAUGCUUGGAUAGAGUCACUAAGUCAGGAGAACUGCUCUGUUGAGUCUUCCUGUCCUGCAGACAAUCUCCUCUGGCAGAACCAGAACCUUGCUACCAUGAAGAUCCAAAAGUCUUCUGCAGAUUGUCCCUCUGUGGCCCAUGCUGCCUCCAGAUCUCCUCCUCCCUUAGACACGGUGUCUUCAAACAGUCCAGAGCGGCCGAUAACAAAUCCCCACAUAUCUUUUCACUACGAGAGCUCAGGAACGACGCCUGUCUGUCCAAACGCCGGACCACGGCCAAUCAUCUAUCACCAGCAGAAGGCCACGAAAGAGGCAGAAGGUUACCUGCAGGAAGCUUCCAAGAGCUCACGCCCCAACAUCAAUGAGCAGGAGACACUGGAGGUGGAGGCCGGAGGCUACGAGGGAGUCCCAGAGUCCGGGAGCAGCUACAGCAGUUACGCGAGCAGCGGCCGAGGCAGCAUGGAGCCGGCGAACCGACGAAUGUCUCUGUGUCACCUGACCCCGACCCUCAGCAGCUCACCUGAGACUGUGGAGCAGAGCCAGGGACGGACACGGGACACACGGCGUCACCAAAUGGAACCAAACCACAGGAGAAAAGUCUCGGUGGAUGAGAAUUACGAGUGGGAUGCAGCUGAUGUCGACUCACAGCCUGGAAACAGAGAUGGUUUGCUGCAGAAGCCUCUUCCUCUUCUUCUUCCUCCUCCUCAGUGCUGCGACCUUCCCAGCAUGCACUGCUCCUCUCUGAUGUCGUCUUUGCACCCGGGGCAUCAGAACGUCUGCUCUGCUAAACCAGAACCCGACACGGUUCUGUUCUGAGGCUUCAUGGCCGUCGUCACAUUAGUCAGCCACGUAAUUAACUGGGAGCUGUGUAAAGCAGCAGAGCAUUGUGGGAUAUCCAUCCUGUAAUUGAAAUCCACUCAUAGAGGCUGAAUGUUUCACUCCUGUACAACAUUUUCAUUUUCUGCCUUUUUUCCACAUCGUGGAUCAUCAAACACGUGUCGAGGCGACGUGACGUCAGCGUUUUGUUUGUUUUCCCUCCAACUUUUUCAAAUUCUGUCUAAAUAUUGUGUUUCUACAACAUUAGACACAGAGAUUUGAUCAGACUUUGUCUUUGUCAGUUGUUACUAAAGUAAACAACUGCCAUCAAUCACAUUUAAAGGAAACAUUGUUGAAACAUUUUCAAUCAUAAAAAUCUGGAGGAACUAGACCAGAGCUCAGGGACCGUCUACAAAGUGCAACAACUAGUAACGUUAGAAAAACUACAACACCACACUGGAUCUAGCUCGAGCGGAAACACAACAACAGGCACGCUGCACACACACUUGUUUCCCCACAUCCAAGUCAUGAUGUCUGCAGUGUUACCAACCAAGCUGGCAGACCCCCGAACCAUGGUGAGGAGACCACCGAAGACCGCUAGCUCCUUUAGCUCUGAUUAGCUCGUUAUUAAACCACGGCACUUUAUUCACACACUGCAGGCUGAUACACAGCCUCUCUUAUUAUUGUGCGGCUCUCACAAUAAGAGGAAUAAGUCACAAUAUGCAGGUGACAGAGAUAUUGUCUCAUUAAAAAAACAUCUGCACAAAGCAAGCAGAUGCACUUUUCUAUGUUGAUAAGAGCAUUAAAAUGACAAGAAAUCAAGGGACAUUUACAAUAGAUACAAAUGUGACAUUAAUCACAAGUUAACUAUGACAUUAAUGCGAUUAAUCGUGAGUUAACUAUGACGUUAAUGCGAUUAAUCGCGAGUUAACUAUGACAUUAAUGCGAUUAAUCGUGAGUUAACUAUGACGUUAAUGCAAUUAAUCGCGAGUUAACUAUGACAUUAAUGCGAUUAAUCGUGAGUUAACUAUGACGUUAAUGCGAUUAAUCGCGAGUUAACUAUGACAUUAAUGCGAUUAAUCGUGAGUUAACUAUGACAACUACAUCACUCAUUAGUUCUUAGUAAUAAUUGUCUUCAUUAUAACACAGUUACAGUGAUACUGAACAAAAACACAUCGUUUUAUAUAAAUAUGUUUCUUUUAAAUGUUAUUAAACAUAGAAACUUUCUAACUUUACUGAACUUCAGUAAUUAAUGAUCUUUGUUACUUAUUAUCAACCUCCAAUAAAACUUGUGGACGAUAUUAAUGUUAUUCAUUCGUAUUUUAUUCAUCAGUUCUGUCUGAACACAAAGUAAACAGAGGACGACGUGUCGUUAUACUGCCACCUAUCUGUCAAUGUUCAAUAAUCCCUUCAUGUGGUGAAUGAAUGAUGGGACAUUUCAGUGGAACCAUGAAACUGUAAUCAUAGAAGAGUGUGACCGUCAUGUCAUCACAGAGUCUUUGACUGAAUUGAAAGCUUUUAUUUAAAACAUUAAAACAAAUCUGUUAUUUUUCAGAUUUUCACAGAGUUUAAAAUUCUCUUUUUCUGUUUAUUCUGACGUUUUCAUCUCUUUGAUGAAAGAUUUCAUUUAAAAAAUAACCUCAUAUUUAUUCUGUGAGCAGCUUCACUUUUAGAUCCAGGUUUGUUCUGAGUGAGCACGGACUCCACUGCAGUCCUUCUGCCAGGUUUAGUCCAGGUUUCACUGAAUCCUGGUCCUGGUCCUGGUCCAGAACUCUGGACUACAGGAAGUGAGUUUACAUGUUUACAUGUUAGGUUUGUGUUUGAGUUUUCGUCAGAACAUCAAAAUUUCCUUCAUCGUUUUUUUAGUCUGGAAACAAAGAAAAUCUAAAGUAACAAAACAUAAAGUCACGACUGCUGUCGACUUGUGGAUAAACACAUUAAAACACUCUAUAAUAAUAUAUAACAGAAUGAUCCUACUCUAUAAUAAUAUAUAAUACAAUGAUUAUAUAAUAACCUGCAGCAACGAGGGACGAGGAACUUUAAUUAAAUGUUUGACAGAAAGUUUCUUUCCUUCUUUCAUUCUUUCUAACAACUUUAUUCUCUGAACAUUGACGGAACAUUCGUUACAAACUUUCUCUUUUUGAAAUUUUUGUUUCACACGAUUAAACAAAUGCAGAUUUAAAUCAUUCAUACUUGAGAAAAGAAAAGUGAGUUUUUGUUGAUGUUUUUUUUUUUUUAAAACCAAUGAUGAAAUAUUACAAUAUUACAAACUAUUAUUGUCUUUAUUCUUGCUUUAGCAGCUGUAAACUGUGUUUGUGAAUCGUAGUUUUUAAAACAUUAUGUUGUGUUUUUUUUUUGUGAUACAUUUUCAACAA